AUGGCUGCCGCCGCGGCUGUGGUCACGCCGUCAGGUUUGGAGGACGGGGUGCCUAGGUCCCGUGGCGAAGGGGCCGGAGAGGUGAUCGUGGAGCGGGGGCCUGGCGCGGCCUACCACAUGUUCGUGGUGAUGGAAGACUUGGUGGAGAAGCUGAAGCUGCUCCGCUACGAGGAGGAACUCCUCCGGAAGAACAACCUGAAACCCCCGUCCAGGUGGGUGCUCUCGUUUUGGGGAGAUGCCUUCUUUGGUCCUGCUGGGAACGCCGAGCGCGGACACUAUUUUGCAUUGCCUACUAACCCUGGUGAACAGUUCUACAUGUUUUGUACUCUUGCUGCUUGGUUGAUUAACAAAGCAGGACGUCCCUUUGAGCAGCCUCAAGAAUAUGAUGACCCUAAUGCAACAAUAUCUAACGUUUUAUCUGAGCUUCGGUCAUUUCCUUACUAUUUUAGGCCAGUAUACCCAGUGGAAGAAUUAGAAGAAGAAAUUGUUCCAGAAGAUGAUGCAGAAUUAACAUUAAAUAAAGUAGACGAAGAAUUUGUGGAAGAGGAGACAGAUAAUGAAGAAAACUUUAUUGAUCUCAACGUUUUAAAGGCCCAGACAUAUCACUUGGAUAUGAACGAGUCUGCCAAACAAGAAGAUAUUUUGGAAUCCACAACAGAUGCUGCAGAAUGGAGUCUAGAAGUAGAACGUGUACUACCACAACUGAAAGUCACGAUUAGGACUGACAAUAAGGAUUGGAGAAUCCAUGUUGACCAAAUGCACCAGCACAAAAGUGGAAUUGAAUCUGCUCUAAAGGAGACUAAGGGAUUUUUGGACAAACUGCAUAACGAAAUCAGUAGGACUCUGGAAAAGAUCGGCAGCCGAGAAAAGUACAUCAAUAAUCAGCUUGACCACUUGGUUCAAGAAUAUCGUGCAGCUCAAGCCCAGCUGAGUGAGGCAAAGGAACGAUACCAGCAGGGAAACGGAGGAGUAACUGAAAGGACCAGACUCCUGUCCGAGGUUACAGAAGAAUUAGAAAAGGUAAAACAAGAAAUGGAAGAAAAGGGCAGCAGCAUGACUGAUGGUGCUCCUUUGGUGAAGAUUAAACAGAGCUUAACAAAACUGAAGCAAGAAAUUGUUCAGAUGGACAUUAGAACCGGUGUUGUGGAACACACGUUACUCCAGUCAAAACUGAAGGAGAAGUCCAACAUGACCAGGGACAUGCAUGCGACAAUUAUUCCAGAAUCAGCAAUAGGCUCUUAUUAAAACAUGCUGUUUUUCAUGCUUCUGAUUAGUCGGUUUUUUAUAUCAAAUUCUAUUUCAUGUUGCAGAGAUUUCAAAACACACACUACACUUCUUAAAGCAUGUUCAAUGGGUAUUUUUUACAUAUAUACACACAUAUAUUGUAUCAUGGUGAUUAUGAUGGUUAAAGCCUUUACAUUGAAUAUAAAGUUUAAUAAAGUAAUUAAAAAUUCU